AAAUUGGCCCAAUAUAACGGGUUUGUAACCAAGCCCACUAUAUAACCCCAUUUGCCUAUUUCGCGCAAAAUUCAGUAGAAAAAUUGGGCACUGAACGGAAAAUCCGAGGCUCCGAUCGUUUAGCUAAGCAAAAUUGGCGGCAGAAUGGCAGAGUACGAGCGGCGGAGAGAGGAAAACAUAAAGCGGAACGCCGAAAAGCUGGCGGCGCUCAACAUUCACUCGAAGCUCAGCGAGCUUUCCACCGUCGCCGCCUCCAAGUUCCCCAUGGCUGGGAGUAAAUCUUCCAAAGGGGGUCCAGUAAAGAAGCCUAGCACCGAACCAGUUGUUCUACGUCAGUCGCUCAGGAGUCGUAAAUUGCCACCGGAUGAUGUCGAACCUGUGCAAAGGAAACCCCCUACUGUGGGGAUGGGACCCCUCGAAAUGAGAGAUGCAUACGUCUCUGAUAAUGGGUCGGACGAGAAAUUCAGACAAACUAUUCUGCAAUGUUGUAAAGAGUUCUUGUCGGGCGAGACCGAUAGGGCUCCUUGUGCUUCAGGUUCAGUUGAUGCGGGGAAAUUGGAAUUGAAAUCCAAGAACAUAGCGCGGUUAGGAAAAUUCAAAAUUACGAGCAUGGUGUUUUUCCCUACUGCGGAUAUGCAAAUGGUGGUCGCUGGUAAUAAAUCUGGAGAGGUCUGCUUUUGGAAGUUUAAUGGCGACGAAGAAGAAGGUGGCGAGUUUUAUAUGUACCAGCCACAUUUAAUGCAGAUCCGUGCGAUUGCGAUAGCCCCAUUUUCCAUAUCACAGAUGUACAGUUGCGACGAGGGAUAUAUCAGGUUGAUGGAUGUCGAGAAGGAGGUAUUUGAUAUGGUGUACUCCAGCGACUUCGAUAUACACUCCAUGUCUUUGAGUCCACAUGGCAUAAAAUCCCUAUAUUUCAGCGAGGGUUUCGGUCCAGUAGGAGGAGUCAAAAUGUGGGAUGUGAGAACACGAAGAUCUAUUUUAUCAUGGGAGUUACAUGUAGACAAAGUCAACACCAUUGACUUCAACUCGGAAGAUGAGAAUAUCAUGGCUACAAGUUCCUCUGAUGGCACUGCUUGUAUAUGGGAUCUGAGGCACAUGACUGGAGGCAAACCAACACCACCGUUGAAGACUGUUCGUCAUAUAGGCUCUGUCGAGUCUGCUUACUUUUCACCCACUGGAAAACUUCUCGCAACAACAAGUCUUGACAACAACAUUGGUUUGUUAAGUGGAGCUAACUAUGAGAAUGCAUCUAUGGUAAACCAUUACAACCCAACUAACAGAAUGAAUUGCACAUUCAGAGGCAUAUGGGGUUGGGAUGAUUCAUCGAUCUACAUUGGAAAUGCAAAGAAGGGAAUUGAUAUUAUAUCUGUUGCUAAGGAGAAGACUGUUGCUCACUUAACAAGUUGGGACUUGUCUGGUGUUCUUACUCGGUUAGAUGUGCAUCCAUACAAUGUUGGUACAAUUGCAGGCUGCACAAGUGGCGGUCGCGUUUAUAUUUGGACUCCGUCUUGAGAAACAUCUUUAAUUUUUUUUUAGCUUUUUUUCUUUAACAUGAAUCAUGAAAUAGAAACUAGUUUGCAGCAAAUACUAUCGACGAGCCUUCUUGAAAUACACGAACGAGGAGUCGCAAAACGUACAACGUUGUUUCUGUAAGCAACUUUUUUUGAAUGAACAACACAAUUGAUGCCCUUGGAGUAGUUCAAUGAAGCAAAUGGGCUCUAAUGAGAUGCCACGUGUAUAUAUUAUUUCAAAUUCAGAUUUUUUCAUUACUAAAGUAAAAUUAAAUGUUUACUUUAACCACUGAAGUGAAAAACCAGUGAAUUUUUUUUACCUAUCUGACUGAAGCAAAUAUAACAUUGGGCAUUGCACAAUUGUUUGAGCCAAUAGGCAGUCCCAAGUAGCUGGUUUUUGGACAUGGGUCAAAGGUUAUGUAGGCUAUGGCAUAAAAGGAAAGGUAAUAAACCAAAGCAUGGCUUCUCUAUUACUUUAUGUUGCAAUUUAUGGUAUGCUUUAUUUAUUUAUUUAUUAUUAUUAUUAUUUUUUAUUUCUGUCCAGCUAAUAUAAAACCCAAAUUACAAAGGGUCCCUACUGUAAUUGCUUCUCUGCAAAAUCUUUUGUUUCUUGAAUAGUUCUGAGGAAAAGUCUUUCCUAUAGAUAUGCUUGUAAGGAAUUAUAUUAGAUUAUUAUGUAAUAAAAGCUGUAUGAGUCAUUUUCUAAUUAAGAUUAAUUAUAUUAAUGCAGAUAUUGCUUUGGUCAAAUACUUUGACUUUGCAAGAAUGAAAAAAUCUUAUGCAUUACUCCAAUGAAGAAGACAAAGAAAACACAACUGUAUCUUCUUUACAACCAUACUUCAGACACAGGAAACUCAUGACAAAAGGGGUUUGUUCAAAAUGGGAUAUAAGCAUUUCACAGAGCACAUAUCCAAGUUCAGGGAUUCCACAAUACAUAGUACAGAUAGUGAACACGUGUGUUUCCGGUUGUGCGCCGUCUAAUAUUCAUUUGAGCUGCGGUUGGUUUGCUUCUGCAAGAAUAGUCAAUCCGAGAACGUUUAAACGGGUGUCGUUUGACGACUGUUUAGUUAACGGUGGAAAACCGUUAAAGAGUAGCCAGAGUAUAAGGUUUACUUAUGCAAAUUCUUUCAUGUAUCCACUUCGGUUCAAGUACGCUCGUUUCUGCUGAGAGACGAAACAGAUAAACAAACGAACCACAAUGUAUAAUGAUUAUUAUAAUUUAUAUGUUUCUACAUUC